AUGCCGCUCGUCGUCGACGACAGCUUCGUUGCCUUCUACGACGUCGCUCGCUUUUUGCUCAGCUCGCAUGUGCGGUCGACGCUGAGGAGACCGAAGACGGAGAUGCGAGCAAAGCAGCUCGAGACCUUUAAGAUCGGCCUCGCGUUGCGCAUGCCUUUCUAUGUCUGUGCAACCGGCCUCACUUCUCGACCCGACCUCAAUGGCGUCUUCGCCCAGGUGGCGGCGCGCCUCGACCCGGAGAGCGGGCGCCUGCCGACUCGCGUUUUCAUCUACAACGAGGCUCAAAGCAUCCUCGUGAAGGCCGACAACCUGGUGCCCACACUGAUCACAACGGGCAAGGUGGUCCGCAUGCUUAAGCACCAGGCAAGCCUUUUUGAGGCGAGGAACGACCUUGUCGAAGCCUCGCUGUACCUCGUCAAUGCGGCGCUCCUCGAUCCCAGUGAGUCCGCGUGGCGCGGCGCCGUGGCAGCGCUGCCACCCACGAAGCGGUACGUCGACGUUCUAUUCGACGAUCUAGCGGCCACUCCGCCUGGACGCCCUCUGCCUUCGGACAAGCUUGCCACGUUCGCGGCCGCUCUGGACAAGCACAUCUCUGUCAGCCUGCUGCGCCGCGGGCAGAGCUUACUCGCCGAGACGCCGCCGGGUGAGCGCCCGGCCGCAUUCUCCGAUUUCUCUGGGGCGAAGCGGCGCGUGAGCGAGGCGCUCAUGCGCUCGCACCAGACGCCCGAGGCUCGCUUCUUCGACCACAUGCACCUUGCGGUCCACGUGCUCCUCGGGUCGUGCAGCCGACGAAGGGGUAGGCCCAACUGUUGCAUUCCAUGGUGA